AUGCAGAUUUUUGUGAAAACGCUGACGGGUAAAACCAUUACCCUUGAGGGCACUAUCGACAAUGUGAAAGUCCAAGACAAGGAAGGUAUCACCCCUGAUCAUCAGUGUCUCAUCUUUGCUGGAAAACAGCUGGAGGAUGGACGCACCUCGUCAGACUACAACAUCCAGAAGGAGUCCACCCUCCACUUUGUCCUGCGCCUGAGAGGGGGCAUCAUCGAGCCCUCUAUGAAGCUGGCUCAAAAGCACAACUGUGACAAGACGAUCUGCCGCAAGUACUAA